AUGUUCACAGGCAUCGUUGAAAUCCUCGGAAAGGUCACUUCCAUCGUUCCUCUCGACUCGAGCGAAUCAGGCGGACAGGGAUUCAGCAUCACCAUCGGCAACGCUGCCGAGAUUCUGGGCGACUGCCACCUCGGCGACAGUAUCGCCGUCAACGGAACUUGCCUGACGGUGACAGAGUUUGAUGCGUCGUCCUUCAAGGUCGGUGUUGCCCCCGAGACCCUGCGCAAGACCAACCUUGGAUCGUUGAAGGAAGGCGACGCAGUGAACUUGGAGCGCGCAAUGAACGCCCACACCCGCUUUGGCGGCCACAUGGUCCAGGGCCACGUCGACACAACUGUCACCAUCCUCUCCAAAACUGACGACGGCAACGCUAUCACCUUUGUCUUCCAGGUCUCGGAUGAAUACAAGGAUCUCAUGGACUACAUCGUUCCCAAGGGAUUCAUCUGCCUCGACGGUACCUCUUUGACCGUUAUUGAUGUCGACGAUAUCAAGCGCACCUUCUCGAUCAUGAUGAUCGCCUAUACCCAGACCCGUGUCGUCAUGCCCACAAAGGCCCUUGGCGACCAUGUCAACGUCGAGGUCGAUAUGAUGGGCAAGUAUGCUUCCAAAGGUGUCGAGGCCAUGAUCAAGAGAUUCUUGGAUGGUGAGGAUGGUGAGGCCAUGGUUGCCAAGGCCCUCGACCGCGUCCUCGCCAAGCGUGCCGCCAACUAA